AUUAACGGAAGUGACUUCCUUGAGAAAUUGGAGGAUUGAUCUGCUGAACAGGAACAGACAGAAAGUAAAACAGUUGCUGUUUACAAAACCAUCACCUGCAGACAGGUGAAGGUAGAAAGUGUGUGAGCUGACGUGGAUUCAGUGAAUUCAGAAGCAUGGAUCAGUGUGAGGACAGAGACGAGGGAGCCCCUCCCUCUAAAAUCACUCAAAGGAGUGGACUUGGACCAGGACCUGGACCAGAAACCAGCUGUGUGUCAUUUAGGAGGGACUGGUCAGAGGCUCAGAUGCUUGUAAACGUCAAGCAGCAGGGCUCAGAGGCUCCCAGGUCUCAGUCCGCCCAGCAGCAGCAUCAGACUCACCUGGACUCCAUGUUUCUGCUGCUGGAGGACAAGAUCGUCACUUUUGUGAAGAAGGAGCUGAAGAAGCUCCAGAAGCUUCUCAUUUCAAAUCAUUCCCAAUGCUUAGAGAGUCAAAUGGCAGAUGAAGAUGACUUGGAUGGCGAGGAAGAUGAGAUGAUGAGCAACAGAGACGCAUUUAUGAAGAUCACACUACAUUUYCUGAGGAAGAUGAAGCAGGAGGAGGAGGAGCGUCUGCAGAGCAUGGUUCCUGAAAGGGCUCAAGAGUUGCGGCUGAUUAAGGAAGAAGCUCCUGAAGAACAGAAGCCUUAUAUGGGCCAGCAGGACCAAGGACACAUCCACAUAAAAGAGGAACAGGAGGAACUUUGGACCAUGGUUCCUCAAAGGGCUCAAGAGUUGCGGCUGAUUAAGGAAGAAGCUCCUGAAGAACAGAAGCCUUAURUGGGCCAGCAGGACCAAGGACACAUCCACAUAAAAGAGGAASAGGAGGAACUUUGGACCAGUAUGGGAGCAGAGCA